UCCAAAGUGACUGGAGCGUGUCAUUUUUUGCGCUUGAUGCCAUCGUAUGGUCUUCCCGCAAGUCACUUCAACUCGAUCACUUCUCAAUUUGUCACCAACCAACCAAAGCAACUGCCAAAUGGCACCACGAGCCUCUGCCGACUUCGUCACCGCGCAGGAAGCUGCUACGGAAUCACAUUUUCACGGCAUUAUGCUGACCUGGGACCCCGCUCUGCUCGCUGCCUUCGUCAACGCUGCUAACACUGUCAUUCCAGUCGAGCAGCCGGAUCUACAGCCGUCGCAAUGGCUGACAGAGCCUCUUGGAAGCCUCACAACGCAAGGUUUCGUCCAAGAUACAAUGGCAUACCUCGCUGAGUCCGGUGACUAUCGCGGGACCAUUUUGUCGCCAUUGACGCCCGUGCAGUCGAAUCGUCUCUCCAGGAGAAUGGGACAGAUCGAGAUGGACAGAUUCGUCCAAGCUUGUGCUAAGAAGUUACCAGAAGGCUCGUGCCUCGUCUCCGGGACGCUCUUCUUCCAAGACCCCAACACUGAUGGAGUGCCGACAAACCUUCCGAGUCCACCACCACCUCACCGACAGAUCUUCGCGUGACUUUAAUACAAGGGGGAUACAAGAAAAUCAUAAGUCGUUAGUAAAAGCAGAUGUAGUGUACGUACGUCCAUUAACUUCCAGGAAUCAAAAAUUGUUCUGAAUAGUUUCCACAAGCCGUACUAAAACAAUGUCAGCGUUCACCUUAAUAAAAUAUCCA